CAUUGUAUGUUGACGUGUUGUUUUGGGCUAGAGCUAAUUGUCAGUUAGCUGACGUCUGUGGACAGUGCGUGGUGAAGUGAAGCGCUGACAGCCGACUGUCUCCGUCCGCUCGUGUUUGGAGAAUAAUGGCGGCUGACUGGGAGGAAAUCCGCCGGCUGGCCGCUGACUUCCAGCGGGCUCAGUUUGCGGACACCGUGCAGAGGCUGUCGGAGAGGAACUGCAUAGAAAUCAUCACAAAGCUGGUUCAGGACAAGAAGCUGGAUGUGGUGCACACCCUGGAUGGGAAAGAGUACAUCACUCCAGCUCAGAUCAGCAGGGAAAUCCGGGACGAGCUGUACGUCCAUGGAGGAAGAAUCAACAUUGUGGAUCUCCAGCAGAUCAUAAACGUGGAUUGGGUCCAUGUGGAAAACAGAGCUAGCGAUAUAGCGAAGUCAGAUAAGGGGGUCCAGCUUGUCCUGGGACAGCUGAUUGAUGACGCGUACCUGGACCGCUUGGCUGAGGAGGUGAAUGACAAACUACAGGAGGCCGGGUUGAUCACCAUUGCAGAACUGUGUAAAAGCUACGACCUCCCAGGAGACUUCUUAACCGAGGAACUGUUAAAGCGCCUCGGAAAACUCAUCCAGGGAGAGAUGGACCACUACAACAGAGGUGUCAUCUUUACCAGAGCUUUUGUUGCACGCCACAAAGCCAGAAUAAGAGGGCUGUUCAGUGCAGUCACAAGGCCAACACCAGUCAGCAGCAUGAUUGCAGCAUUUGGAUUUCAGGAACACCUCCUGUAUACUGUGUUGGAGGAGUUGGUGAACAGCGGACGUCUGAAAGGAAGCGUGGUCGGAGGGCGACAGGACAAAGCCGUGUACAUCCCCGACAUCUACGCCAGAACGCAGAACGCCUGGGUGGACUCUUUCCUUCGGCAAAACGGCUACUUAGAGUUUGAUGCGCUGCUCAGGCUUGGGAUCCCUGACCCUUCCAGCUACAUUAAGAAGCGCUUCAAGUCCAAUAAGCUGCUGUUCCUCCGAGCGGCCUGCGUGGGUCAGGCUCUGGUGGACCAGGUGGAGGCCUCUGUGGAGGAAGCUGUUAACUCCGCCACAUGGACUGACCUCCAGUCGGUUCUGCCCAGCUGUCUGUCCAUGGAGGACAUCGGGAUGCUCAUCAACCAGGCAAUGAGGAACGCUAAUGUCCAGUCCCGUGCCAGAGUGCUCGGAGGCACUGUGGUCGUCAGUGAGAAGUUCAUCAGUAACUGCCAGUCGUUAUUUGAAGAAGCGAUGCAGCAGAAAGCUCAGAAGGAGGUGAAAAACAACCCAGUGUUUCUGAUAACUGAGGAGGAUCUGAAGCAGGCAUUCAUUCUGACUGAGAGCUCUGCACCGUCCAAAAGGGAAAAGAGAGAAGCAGAGCGCAGGAAGAAGGCUACAGAGGGCAGUGGCAGCAGUAAAUCAGGAGGAGGCAACGCCAGGGAGAUCCGCAUUCGGAAAACCAAGAAGAAGGGGAGGAGAGAUGAGGACAGCGACGAGGAGACCGGAUCUUCACAGCAAAAUCGCAGCAAACAGAGCGAGGCUCCCUUUAUGGCCCAGGAGGAGAUAGCUGCUGUUAUAGAGGAGAGAGUGAGUGACUGCCCUGAAGAAAUCCUCUCUGAGCUGGCAGAGCAGUUAGUAAGGCCUCUGACUAAAGCUUACCAGGAGGUGCUGCGGACAGUCUUCAUGUCCUCUGGCAGCUCAUCAUCAGGGACCAACAAGAAGAAAAGCAUGAAGGAUCUGCAGGAGGAGAUCACCAACCUGUACAACAACAUCCGGCUGUUUGAGAAAGGCACCAAGAUGUUCUCAGAUGAAACCCAGGUCCAGAUCACCAAGCAUGUCCUGAAGACUGUGUGUACUGAUGUGACCAACAUCUUGGUGAACUUCCUGGCUGCUGACCUGAUGAUGUCUGUGGAGAAUCCCACCACCAUCACCAAUGAGGUCAGAGUGAAGAUUCUGGGCAAACUGUCAGAAGAGACCAAAGGGCCUCUCAUGAAGCUGCACAACUGCCUGAAUGGCAAAACUGUUGAAGACUUUCUGAGCAACCUGGAAACCUGUGCAGAGGUCUGUGGGUUCAUGCUCAAGAAAGGAGACAAGAAAAGGGAAAGACAGGCUCAGUUCUUGCACUGCCAGGCUCUCACGGAGCAGCUGAAGGAGGUGGAGGAUCCAGCUCUGGUGCUCCAUCUGACCAGCGUGCUGCUGUUUCAGGCCAGCACCCACUGCAUGCUGCACGCCCCGGGUCGCUGCGUCCCACAGAUAAUCGGCACGCUCACGGGCCGAAUCCCCACGGAACAACAGCAGCUGUUGUCUGCCUACCAGGGCCUGGUGGUGAAGCAGCUGGUGAGUCAGAACCAGGGCAGGAAGCAGGAGGAGGCUGAAGGUGACGAGGCCGUGGAGCUGGAUGAGGAGGCGAAGAAUGUCCGCUCACAGCUCCUUGUCCUGACCCCCCAGGUGAAGGAGCUGGUGCUGUCCCAGAGGAAGACAUCGGUCAAUGAGGACUGAACGGUUCAAAAAUAUGGUCUUACAUCUUCACAUUAGAAUAGAGUAUAAGCUACUGAUCCUGCAUUUCAUGAUUUAUAAAUGUGGGCAAAAUGUUUAAUUAUUAAAUGAAAUUCCUGUGUGGGAUGUGCCUGGUAAACACCUAGGUUACAUGGAAGGUCCUCAGUGAGGUUCUAAUUUUCAUACAUUAAUUAAACUGCUUGCUUUA